CAUUGCAGAAUUCGGUAUCACUAAAAUAUUUGCCCAUAAAAUGCGCAUAAAAACGAGUAGAUCUAUUUGAAAAGAUAAAAACAAAAGAAACAGGACAACGAUAAUGUCUGUGCUGCGAUUCCUAGUGACCCGCCAGGCCUUGGCUGCUUUGUCGAGGCCAAGGACCUUCAACAUACUCCAAAAACCAGCCCAAAUCGCAUUGGCCUCCACUUUGUGCAACCAAAAUAGCAACAAAAUUGUUCAGGAUCUUACCAAAUCGAGUGCCAAUUUAAGUCCGACGCAAAUUAGAGGCUAUAAACGUUUCGGCCAUAAGGAAGAAAAGACGCCCAAUGUGACAAAAUACUUUCACAUGUUUAUCCUUAGCUUGUUCAUGAUAUCGGUGCUGGAUUGGGGCAAAGUAAAGCGUCUACUGAUGCCAAAAGUGGACGCGGAUGCUGGACAACAUCCUUCUUCAGCGGCCGGCGUUAAUGGCGAGGAUAAGUCAUCCGAUUCCGAAUCGGAAGAUGGCGAAGAUGAGGAUGGUGGCUCCGAUUUGCACCUGCAUGGAGGAAAGAAGAUCCGCGAGAAAGUCGGUUUCCGCGAAAGAAAGAUAAUUGAGUACGAGAACCGCAUACGGCAGUUCUCCACUCCGGACAAAGUGUUUCGUUACUUUGCCACCAUCCAGGUGCCCGUGGCCGACGAUCGUCAUGAAGUCUACAUGACUCCGACCGAUUUUUUAACCAGUAUGACGCCCGGCAUGAAGCAACCAGAUGGCUUGGGUCUGGACCAAUAUCGUCGUUAUGAUCCUAAGUCUGUUGGCGACCAGCUAAAUCUUCACCUUCAGAAGGACAGCAUUUUUUAUAAACUUGGCUCUUAUGGACUGAUCACCUUCUCCGACUACAUUUUCCUGCUCACAGUGCUCUCAAUUUCCCGUCGCCACUUUGAGAUUGCCUUCCGCAUGUUUGAUUUAAAUGGAGACGGCGAUGUUGACUGCGAGGAAUUCGAAAUGGUGGCCACUUUGGUGCGACAGCAAACUAGCAUGGGAACCCGACAUCGCGAUCACGCUAAUACAGGAAACACCUUUAAGGGUGUAAAUUCAGCUUUAAUCACAUAUUUCUUUGGCCCCAAUAUGGAUGAAAAGCUGACUAUCGAAAAAUUCCUGGAUUUCCAGGAGCAAUUGCAAAAGGAGAUUUUGUCCCUCGAAUUUGAGAGAAAAGAACCCAACGAAGAAGGCAAUAUAACGGAAGCAGAUUUCGCUGAACUUCUUCUGGCCUACGCUGGGUAUCCCUUGAAGAAGAAGCAAAAGAAAUUGAAGAGAGUUAAGAGGAGAUUUAGGGAUCACGGGAAAGGCAUCUCCAAACAGGAUUAUCUGGAUUUCUUUCACUUUCUGAACAACAUCAAUGACGUGGAUACUGCUCUGACUUUCUAUCACAUUGCCGGUGCUUCAAUUGAUCAGCAAACACUGCAGCAUGUGGCCAAAACGGUGGCCAUGGUCAAUCUUUCCGAUCAUGUAGUGGAUGUGGUUUUUACCAUCUUUGAUGAGAACAAUGACAACCAACUCAGCAACAAGGAAUUUAUUUCGGUUAUGAAAAAUCGUGUUCAGCGGGGAUUGGAAAAACCUAAAGACACUGGGUUCCUUAAAAUGAUGCGAUCGGUGUUCAAGUGUGCCAAGGAAACCAAGCCCGUACUGCUUGGCAUCUAAAGAUCAUUACAUUGUGGAUUCUCCCGCUCUAAGCGCCCCAAUCUUAGUCAUUUUUUUUACGCUUACUCCUCUUUACUAUUUAUUUUUGUAGUUAACGUGUUCAUAAAUCGAUUUUAGCUCAAUCUCUUUAAUUGUUGGACUCCCAAGCAGAUUUGCUUUUGUAUAUUUCACCCACUCUUGUGCACUUAAUACUUUAAUUUUUUAAUAAAAGUAUAUAUCAUAAUAUUUAUAAAUAAA